AGCCGCCGCCAAGGCUGGCCAACCUCGUCCUUUGUAUCGGCCUGUGUCGGCCAAGCGCCUUGCAUGUGUGUGCCUGAGGGCUUGGGGCGCUCGACGCAAACACUACCCAUGCCUCGAGCGGACGGCGAUCCGUCACCUCCACACGCUCGCGUUGACUGGCUCCUUGCGCUGCAGGACGGCGACGUUGCUUCGUGGGACAUCUACAAUGGAGCUAGAAAGUGGACGGUAGCCAUCGCUGGAGGCCACGCGACUCUGCCCGAGGGUAUGGAGGUUUUGCCAGACAAGGCCUUCUUUGGCCGCACCUCCGUCGUCUCCAUCACGUGCCCGAGCAGCCUCAGGUCGAUCGGCGAGCAGUGCUUCAGCGGCUGCACCUCCCUCGCCGCCGUCGUGCUGCCCGCGGGCCUCUCCUCGCUCGGCGACGGGUGCUUUCGAAACUGCGCGUCGCUCACCUCCGUCACCGUCCCCGCCGGCCUCGCGACGUUGGGUGUCCAGGCCUUUGACGGCUGCUGGUCGCUCACUUCCAUCCGUCUGCCGCCCGGCCUCAAGUCCAUCGGGCGCUGGACGUUUGCCGGCUGCACCUCGCUCGCCCACGCCACCCUGCCCGACCACCUCGAGAAGCUCGGCGAGUACGCGUUUGCGGGCUCCUCCCUCGCCACUGUCGCCCUGCCCGCCAGCCUCGCCUCGGUCGGGGAGGGUGCCUUCUUCCGCUGCUCCGCCCUCACCUCCAUCGCCCUCCCCGCCGGGGCUACGGAGCCUUCACCAGCUGCUGCUCGCUCACGCGACUCCUGCGCCUUCAAGGGCUGCACCGCCCUCGCACGAGUCACCUUUCCCGACGACGUCGCCGCGCCGACCCCUCGCUCCGCCUUCUACAUCGAGGAGCGGCAUCCCCUCCAAGACGCACCCCGCCACGACUUUUCCUUCAAGGGGUGCACUGCCCUCGCCGACGUCGACUUCCCCGCAGACCUCUCCUACAUCGGCUACGACGCCUUCUAUAACUGCGCGUCGCUCGGAUCGGUCACGGUGCCAGCCUCCGCUCAGAUCGAGGAGUGGCAUGGCAACGCCCUCGCCUUCCACCCGAGCACGACCGUCGUCCGCCUCCCUGCCGCGCGGAUGCGCGCUCGGCGACGGCUCUCCCUCCUAGAUGCCCGGGGUCCGCCCUUGCUCACCUUCCUCUUGGAGGCGGUCCUCAGCUACCGGCGCGCCCGCCCCUUGCUCUUUGGCUGGCUGGAGAGAGUGCAGGUCCGGAUCGGCUCUUACGGCCCGGACGGAGCGGCGCGCAAGCGCGACCGCGAGGAGUUUGAGGGCGACUUCGGGGGGAUUUGAGCAAGCGCGACCGCGAGGAGUUUGAGGGCGACUUCGGGGAGGGAUUUGAGAGGAUCUAGUGUGUGUUGGUAGUUGAGGAGGGCGCUUGAGCCUUGAUUGAGCGCGGUUCUGUGCAGUGCGGUGAGCGUGAGGAGGGGUGUGGCGAGCUGGCGAGUGUUCAGUGUAACCGGUUCCUGUGCGCUCUGUGGCGCUUUUUGAGAAAUUUGUAUAGACUC